AUGGCAUCGACAACGCCCGUCUCCAAUCUUCCUCAGUCUGAAAUUGACGCCAUAAUCCGUACGAAGCGAAAAGUGCGCGAGCCGAAAGCAUGUUACCCGUGUCACACCCGAAAGGUCAAAUGCGAUCGCAAUUUACCGUGUGACGGGUGUGUAAAGCGAGACCAUGCGGAUCUAUGCUCUUAUGAACGUCCCUCCAAAAAGCGCCAUGUAAAUACUCCUCCUCCGCAGGACUCGGAGGAAAUGGUGAAAAAUCUUGAAGGCUCCGGAAAUAUAUCGGUUGGGGAUGUUGAAUUGCAGAAUAUGGCUGUUGAGCAGGAUAGAGUAUCUAUAUCCCGGGUUGAGUGGGAGAGCGUUUGCUCGAAACUAAGGGAUAUGGAGCGGGCCAUGUCUUCCCUUCGAACGGAAAUGGAGAAAGUCGACACCACUGCAUUGGUAUCCCCCGAGCCUCUUACCGAGCAAAGUCGCCUCCCUCGUGACGAACCCUUGUCGGAUCGUGAAGGAAUUCAUGCUAAAAAUGUGUAUGGAGGCGGGACUGUACACCUGGGAUCUAGAUCAGUCCUUGCUUAUCUACUUGGAGGGUCGCCCAAGGAAGCUACUCAAGCAUUACUUGAGGGAGGCAUACUUCCAAAGCUAGGCCUGGACAAUGAGAGUGCUACAUACCCGUUUAUCGAUCUAUGGUCCUCAGACUCCACCACAUACGACAUCAGAUCCGUUUGUGCUGCUCUUCCAGAUGAUAAACAAUGCCGCAGGUUGUUCAAGUACUACCGUAAUAUUGCAGCCAUUAUAUACCCCGUACUUUCGGACCUCGAUCGGUUUGAAGAGAGCCUGGAGUUAGGCCUUCGGAAUAGGGCUGCUUUUGGAAUUAGUGAGAAUGACGAUGAUGAGCUGAGUAAGCCCUUCGGUAUGCCCAUAGCGUUCGUGGGCCUGCUAUUCGCUGUGCUCGCUGCUGGCUGCCAAUCGUCUGAUAUGUCCGGAAAGGAACGUGAACUGACUUCCCGGGUAUAUGUCUGCUGUGCUUAUCAAUUUUUACGUGCCACAAAUUUCGUAUCUCGACCGACUUUAGAGGCAAUACAAACUCUCCUAAUUAUUGGGAAUGUCCUUUCAUAUAACAUGAACCCUGGUGUGUCAUAUAUACUUCUGGGAAUGAGCCACCGCAUGGGCAUGGUCCUCGGCCUCCAGGUUGAGUCGCAUAAAUUCUCACCGGCUCAGCAGUAUGCUAGACGAGUUGUAUGGUGGGCAACCGCGUGGCAGGAUAGCCAUUUCUCGCUAUCAUACGAUAGGCCAUCUGCAAUGGCAUUUAGCCACCCAGACAUUCCCUAUCAUCCAGAUUCACAGCCUGGAGGGAGAUUUUUCUUUGAAACCAUUUGCCAAAUCAUAGCCUUAACCUUAAAUAUAGUCAGAAGUCGCAUGCUCUCAACAGGCUCACAGGUUCCGUUUUCCACCAUACAGACAUACAGGUCUGAACUCAAACGAAUAUUGGCUGAUACAGCACCCUAUCUUCGUGAUCCUUCAUUCUGUGUCUCGUCCAACCAGAAUAUCGAGAGACUCGGUCUAAAACUCCACUCCUCAUACCUUACAUCAGAGAUCUGCCGCCCUUCCCUAAGGCCAAAUGCCGAUCUCCACGAUUCUAUAACCAUCGCAUUACGAAAAGAUUGCAUCGCUGCUCUAUCACGAACAGUAGAAGCAUACGUUGAGAUGUAUGCCGUGAACCGCCAAGCGGCUCGGUCGUGGAUUGGCCUUCAACGGGCUAUCAGUAGUGCGUUUUUACUGGCCGUUGUUGGCGAAUCCAAAACAGACCCGAAUAUUUGGACUUUACUCCGGCGAUUAGAGGGUGUUCUUACAGAACGUGCGAAGGAAGAUGAUAUCUCACAGACAAGUCCAAAGGCUGGAGUUGAGAGCUCGCCUCCUUUUGCUGGCUCGUCAACCAGGGGAUCUCUAGAGAAUACUUAUGAUCCUAGUGCUGCGGCGGCCCCAGGAAACGCAGACACAGAAACACAAUGGGCCAAGCCACUAAUAAAAUCACUACGUGCGCUUCAAAAACUAAAUGCAGCAUUGUUAGUACACCUCAGGCAACACGGCGUUAUCACUGGAUCUGUCAGCGGUUUCAACCCUGCUCUAAUAUACACUCAACCAAUUACGGGAGGUGUACCUGCCUCGGUAGCUGCCUCUACGAGAUCUGGCUCGAUUCCGCCCCCAACCCCGGAGAGCUCUGCCAGCGGAGAGUGGAGUUUCCCAACCCUGCUUGACCGCGCAGCAGAGUACAUAGAUCCGCCCUUAUGGUCGUGA